UGAACAAAUUCCAACAAAAUAAAGAAUAGUGCCAAAUACCCUAGGGGGUCGUUUGGAUCCAGAAAAGUGGGCAGGGAUUUGGCCCAAAUUUUGGCCCGUCUAGGAAUUUAAUCAAUUCCCACGUUUGGAUAGCUCUAAAAACAUCCGGGAUUUGGGCCACAGGGAAUUUUAAAUCCGGCCCAAUCGGAAAUUGGAAAUAGCUACCCAACCCCAAGUAUUUUGAAUUCGGGCUUUAAUUUAUUUGCUUCUUCGCAGCGUGUCCCCACUAUUGUUUUGUUAUUCCUAUUAUACCCUUAACCACAAUUUUCCAGACAGAACUCUCAUUCUUCAUCAUUCGCGAGAAACCUCUCCCGUAACCUACCGCCGUCGCGGUAGAAAAAAGUUCGCGAUCCCGACUAGAGAAGGACGCUCGACGGCUAUUGGCGGUGACGGAAGCGAGGGUGAGCGAGCUUCUCCAACAUACACGUUUGCGGCGACAAGAUACCAGGUUCGUCACCUCCUUAUGGAGUCUGGUUGCGAUUUCUAGGGUUUGCCGAUUGUGUUGUCGAGGGGGUUAGGGAAUGAAUUUUUAGUAUGUAGUGCCUUGUUUGAUGCUUCUUGUGUACGUGGGUUCUUAUCUUUAGGGUUGAUGGAUUUAUGCGGGCGAGCUUUUCUGGGUUCUUAUUAAUCUUGUAUGCUUCUUCUGUUUGUUUUUAUUAUGAAUCACUGUGGGUUCUUAUGAUUAGUGUAUGCUUCCUCUGUUUGGCUUCUUAUAAUAUCCAAACACCCUUAGCUUUUCCUUUAGAAACCCUCUGUUUUGGUCAUCUAAGAGAAGAGAAGAGAAGAGAGAUCCUUUCUUCCUUCCUUCCUAGCUCGGUCUCGAUCAUCUAUGGUUUAGUAAAUGGUAAUGCACUUGAAAAUAUAUAGAGUGCUGCACUGCAGUAUCCAACAGAGUUUUGAGUUAGAUUACAACCUGACCAAAUUAAUGCCCAAAAUCCGGGCCAGGUUUCCCUCCACGAUAUCAUUUGUGAACUAUUACUAGCUCUCUAAAACUUACUGCUUGCUUGCUAAUCAAUCAUUGCUACACAAACUAAUUGACUACUUGACUUUCCCUCUACUGCUACUGCAUGGCUCGAUGACUAUAAUUAAUUAGCUUAGCUGCAGUUUACUGCAUCGUGGUGGACAAUCUGCAUUUUAUUUCACCCUUUUUGUUCAAUCUAAUUCAUUCACUAUAAUGAUUAAGUUCUUCUGUACCAGUAGUUAAGUGGCAGCCUCCAGUCCAUUAUUCUGCUACUGCAUGACUCAAGGUAACAGUUUAGGUCUAGUUCUGCAUACGAGAAGGCUUAGGUCUAGUUCUCUCACCUAUGUGCUUGAAUUGAUAUCGGAAUUCAAACUCCCUUCUAGUGGGAUGUCACAUCAUCUGCUAUCUGUUGCUUUUGGUGUUUCCUGCUACUAUGGUUGUUUCAGUUUAUUCUAUCAGGAUGGGGGGAAAGAGGCAUGCUGGUGGAGACAAGGAUGGAGCAACCUCCAAAAAGUACUCAUUUUGGCCUGAGAAGCUUGACAAGCCUUUGGUUGAAUGCAUUUUGGAGCUGGUGGAGAAGGGGCUCAUUGUGGAUGGCAAUUCCAAAAAUAGCGGAUAUGCAGCACUCGAAAAGAUGUUGGAACAGAAGGUACCAGGCUGUGGUGUUAGGGGAAGACCCCAUAUUGAAGGACGGAUUAAGAAGUUGAAGAAAAACUGGCAGGCUAUCACAUUCAUGAGGAAUCAAAGUGGAUGGGGGUGAGAUGAGGCAAACAAGUGUGUCAAUGCCUUGAUGGGAAAUGGAAUGAUUUUGAACAAGUACGUAUGCAUAUAUUUAUGGUGUGUUGUCUUUUGUAGCAUUAUACUAGGCUGCUUAUAUGUUGUACAGUCCUCCAAGUAUGUAUGCAUGUAUUUAUGGUGUGCUGUCUUUUGUAGAUGUAUCCGACUUGUCGAGGUCUGAACAAGAAGCCAUUCCCUGUGUAUGAUGACUUGACUCCAGUAUUUGCCAAAGGACAGUAGGAGAGAAGAAGAAGAAGAAGAAGAAGAAGAAGAAGAAGAAGAAGAAGAAGAAGAAGAAGAAGAAGAAGAAGAAGAAGAGUGCACAACGAGGUUGCUUGGAUGAAAUGUAUGCUGGAUGUUGUUUGAGAACUCGGACAAGUUUUUUUGUUUUAUUAAUGCUAGUUUACUUAUGCUGGAUGUUGUCGGUUUACGUAUGUUGAACAAAGAACUCGAACAAGGCUGUUGUGUUUUGGGAUUUUGCAGGAAGUUUUGAAUGCCGGUUUACUUAUGUUGAACAAGAACUCUUACAAGUCCGUGGGAAGUUAUGUAUGCAAGGUUAUGUAUCUUGAAGUUAUGUAUGCAGAAUAUGUUAAUCCCAGAAUUGAGUAUGUUACAUGGUUACAUAUGUUGUUUUUUUUAUCAGUUUAAAACCAUAAUUGAGUAUGUUGCAGGGUUAUGAUUCUGUUAAAUAUGUUAAGGGCAUAUGUCAUGUUUGGUAGUAAAACAAAGGCUGCAACUGGGAAAACCCAAAUCAGAAUGGUCUUGCAGUGACCACCUUCUGCUCUGAGUCGUGGGGAAAAGCUAUUUUGGAAGACUACAACGACGGAAGGAGUGGGGGUAUAAAGGUACUUUUACAAUUGUUUUCAUAAUUAAAUUUCCUGCCUAAUAAAUCUCUCAUUCCUAAACAAACAAUAUAUAGAAAAAGAAAAUGGCUCUUCUGCUCAGAAAUGAAAUGUUCCAAAUGUUCAUGGAAAUUCUUGCUCCCAUUAGACCAUUUGUAUCUAUAUGCAUUAGGAUCCCAAUUCAUGGAUCUCUCGGGGUUUAAAAUACCAGAUUUUUAAUUGAGUGAUUGUGGACCAAAUCUCUAAUUAAUUAAAUUCUCAAUCCAAGCGAACCUUAGUUGAAAUCUCUCGACCAAAGUACCAUUUAAUCUUUUUUCUUCAAUUGCAUUUUAGUCUAUGUCUUCAACCAUCUUGCUAAUAUAAACGUUGGACUCCUAAUUAUCCUUUAUCUUUUGCCUUUUCCUUGCACACUUUAUCCACAUGAGAGAAAAUUGCCAAAUGGAGUUUGAAACAAAACCCAUCAACUUGACAGAAACACACUUUAAAGAUGCGUUUUGGAUAUGAGGAGUGCUUGGAUUUGUAUGUGAUAUGAAAUUCUAAAUAUGAAAUUAUUUGUUUGAAUAUUAAAUAGAUAUGGUAGUUGGAUUUGUUUAUGGGUGAAUUUUAAAUAGAUAUUUAGUAAACAUGUGUGAAUUUCAAAUAGAUACUAAUAUAUAUUGAUUCAAAAUUCUCAUAGAAUCAUAUAUGAUUUGUUUAUAAAAUAAUUUAAAAUGU